AUGGACUACAAACAUAGUUUUGUUAAAAGCCCUGAUCCUCUUCUACACGGCAGGAAAAACUCACCCCCCUUAUAUACAGAUUUACUAUCUUCAAACAAGGAGCUUAUAGGCAAACAUCAGCAACCAAUGGGUUCUGCGGACGCUGGUAUUAAUAAUUACCACCAGAAUACUCUGCGUGAUCGUUCCGUGCAAGAAAAUCUGGGUCCAAUGUUCCAACCCUUUGGCGUUGAUAUCACUCACAUGCCCAUCACCAACCCUCCCAUUUUCCAAAGCUCUCUGCCCGCGUUUGACCAGCCUGUGCAUAAAAGACGUAUAUCGAUAUCCAAUGGUCAAAUCAGCCAAUUAGGGGUAGACUUGGAAACCGUCGAGAACCUUUACGACUGUCAAUAUCCUUUUCUACCAUCCAAGGCACAGCAGGCUUCCAAUCCUCAGCAGGUGGUAAGUUUAAACGCAAAUGCGUAUCCAAGCUUCGACUCUAAUGAACUGCAAAAUCUCCCACAGCAUACUACCAUUAUACCCGAGCGUGCUCCUCAGAGAAGUAGUCAGAACUUAUACCCUCCACCCUCACCGUUUGAUAGUAACAUCAAACUCAAUCCGUCCACAGUAGAUGUUGCCACCGCCUCCUCUCAUGUCCCGAUUAAUCAAGCGUAUGCUAACAUGCAACUUCGAUUACAAGCGCAAAUGCAGCAUCAGGCAUGGAAAAGUGCUCAAUUCAUUGUGAAUCCCUCUACCCCCGCUUCCAAAUCUCCUAUUUCUUCCUCCUCUUCCUCUUGCCAGAAUAUUCAUGAUCAUAGUAACGAAAAUCGAAUUAUCUAUUCCUCAACUUCUCAUAACGCUAAUAGUAGUACCGCUAAUAUUACAAGUCAGGGCGCCGGUAUGAAAAAUGCAACAGGUCUCCCAUACAGCCUGAAUCAUCCUGAUAUCAGCUUAAAAAAUGUUUUCCUGGAAUCGCAACAUAAUGAAACAGCCCCUGUGCUCAGUGAAAACAUCAAUAACGACGUCGUCGUACACAACCAAUCCGUCUCAUCUCCAGCCGUAGCGCCCGUAUGUGCAGCAGCCAUCCCUCAAACUAAGGAGAUGCCUUCACCCCAAAAAAGUGGCGUCAAUGUUGGCGAGAAGGAAAACAGUGCAAAGGCUUGGAAACGCGCAAGACUAUUAGAAAGAAAUAGAAUUGCUGCUUCCAAAUGUCGACAAAGAAAAAAAAUAUCGCAGUUACAACUACAGAGAGAAUUUGACCAGAUAAGCAUGGAGAACAAAGUAAUGAAGGUAAAAAUACAACACUACGAGAAAUUGAUUCAAAAAAUGAAAAAAAUUUCUAACUUGCAUCUACAACAGCACACUGUUCACAGUAGGGGUAGCACUUAUCCAAAACUUGAAAGCAAAGAUCAUGCUACCAAUGUAUUUUUGAGAAUGGUUGAAGAAAUGAUUAGUAACUCCAGUUUGGAUGACGAAUAA